UUCAUGAUGGUUCCUGACAACGGCCGGGCGACGGGAGUGCCCCAUUGCUCAAUGCACCCCCGGAGCUCUGGGGUCUCGUGAGCAGAAAUGCCGCUCGGUUGCAAUGUAGUCAUUGCCUCUCGCAAACUGGACAGAUUAACAACUGCAGCAAAAGAGCUAGCUGCCCAAAAUCCAUCCACUGAUUCUGCCACAGUGACCCCAAUACAAUGCAACAUUCGCAAAGAAGAUGAGGUAGAUGCACUGGUGAAGUCGACAUUGGAUCUUCAUGGUAGGAUAGAUUUCUUAGUAAAUAAUGGAGGGGGCCAGUUCCCUAGUCCAGCAGAAGCAAUCAGUUCAAAAGGGUGGCAUGCCGUGAUUGAAACCAACCUGACUGGAACCUUCUAUUGUUGUAAAGCAGUGUACAAUGCAUGGAUGCAGGAUCAUGGCGGCACCAUUGUCAACAUUGUGGCUAAUAUGUGGAAAGGUUUUCCUGGAAUGUCGUAA